AUGGAUAAUCCUUACAUCAUAGCAAUUGACUUUGGCACUGCAUACAGUGGAUAUGCUUAUAGUAUGACACCCAGACAAGCAGAAAUUGAUCCCUAUUUAAAAGUUUGGGGUGAAGAGGUUGGACAAAAGACACCGAAGACUCCCACCUGUAUCCUUUUUGAUGAACAUGAAGAAUUUUUCAAGUUCGGUUACGAAGCCCAGUUUGUUUAUUUUAAAAUGCGGGGAGAUGAAGCCAGAGAAAAGUUCUUCUUUGAAUGCUUCAAGAUGUCCCUCUAUGGCAAAAAAAUUAACGAUGAUGUAACAAUUCAAGCUGCAAAUGGGAAGUCAAUGAAGGCCUUGAAGGUAUUUACAGAAGCACUGAGAUACAUGAAGGAAGAUGCACUGAAAACCAUUGCAGAAAACACAUCUGGGGGGAAGUUCAUAGCCUCUGACUUCACUUGGGUGCUGACUGUCCCUGCCAUCUGGGAUCCUUCAGCAAAGCAGUUCAUGAGAAAAGCUGCAACUCAUGCUGGCAUUGUGAUUAAAGGAAAGGAAGACAAAUUGGUCAUUGCACUGGAACCAGAAGCAGCCUCAGUUUGGUGCAAAAAGCUGCCUGCAGAUGGUUUUAUAGCAGAAAAUUGCACAGAAGACACACUUGAUCAAACUCCAGGAACACAGUACAUUGUUGUUGAUUGUGGAGGUGGAACCAUUGACAUCACUGUUCAUGAAGUCUUGGAUGGAGAAGCCCUGAAAGAACUGCACAAGGUUUCUGGAAAUGAUUUAGGGGGACAAACUGUGGACAGAAAAUUCAAAGACUUCCUCAGAGAAAUAUUUGGUGAUGUCUGGACUGAAUAUGAAAUACAGUAUCCAGGAGAGCUGCAGAAAAUGAUGUAUGAAUUCACAGUUCUAAAAAGAAAUGAUGAUGAUAUAGAGAUCAGCUGCCCAUAUAACCUGGGUGAAAUGGCAAAGAAACAGCAAGCAAUAGAAAUGUUCUUUGAAUCAGUGCAAGGUGCACUCUGGGAUGAGGGAGCAAUCCAAAUCACAAGUGACAAAAUGAAAUAUUUCUUUGAGGAGAGUGUAAGAAGUAUCUCCAACAUUCUCAAAGAAAUCUUGAAGAAAGACUUCAACAUCGAGUACAUUGUGUUAGUGGGGGGCUAUGCUGAAAGCAAGAUUCUGCGUAGACACAUUACCAAACAGUUUGGUCAAAAAUGUAAAGUUCUGUGUCCUUCUAGACCCCAAGAAGCAAUUGUGAAAGGAGCUGUGAUGUUUGGAAGAAACCCAGCAGUGGUGACAUCUCGCAAGAGUGCCUAUACUUAUGGGUUUGCUACCGCUGAAAGCUUUGAUAAGUUUAAGCACAAGGCAGAUAAGAAAUUCACAGCUGAUGACAGGGAGUUGUGUAAUGAUAUUUUCUGUCAAAUGGUGAGCAUUAAUGAGGAUGUGGGCUGGGAUCAGCCCAGGGAGCACAACUUAAAUCCAGUAAAAGCAGAUCAGACAGAGAUGAACAUUAUAUUUUACCGUACAGAGAGGAAAAAUCCAAAGUACGUGGAUGAAUGGGGAGUAGAACAAAUUGGUUCAUUUGUGGUCAAAAUGCCUGACACAACAAGUGGCAGGAAACGAGUAGUCAAACUGAAAAUUCAGUUUGGAUUCACAGAAAUGACAGCCACAGGCACUGACGUUAAUUCUGGGUCAACAGAAUCAAUUGAGCUUGACUUCAUGACAAACUCAUGA